CUUAUGUACUUGGAAUUUGGAAAUUACACACCAUUUAACAAUCGACGAUAUUGAAAAUCUUCGAAUGACUGUUAAAAUGGCAGAUGAUUUUUGAGGAGGAUAACUAGCAGUAAUCUAUUAACUAUCAGCAAAAGCCGAAUUAAGAUCCUCUGACAGCCAUACGGAUCCAUAAACAGAACCUUGGAUCUCAAAUUCUCAAUACACCGACAAAAUAGAUUGUGUUAGUGGAACUAACCUCUUUGAAAUUUGCUGGCAUUCUCCGCCAUAGAUCUCCGCCUAAUCAAGCCGGCCACGGGUCACUAAUAUUAAUAAGCUGCUAAAAUUGAACAUAAAAAAAUGAUCUGAGUUCAUAUCUAACCCACAAUAUGAAAAUGCAUUUCAAGUAGCGAUGUAUACAAAGUUGGAUAGCCCCUACUAAAUGCCGGUUCAAUUGUCCUGUUCUUUGAUAGUAGCAAUUUGGACCAAUGUUUUAGAAUCCAUAUCCUAUAAUCGGUCGGAUAAAAAAAACGGGUACAGAACUCCAAACGAUAGAUCGUUUUAACGAUACGAAAUGAUUGAUCCAUGAUUAAGGUAAAACUUUAAUACUUUCGAUAAGAUCUCACAAUCUUUGGUAUGGACUAGCUAGGAAGUUCUCACCUCACAGUUCAUGAUACCUGACACAGAGAAAAACAAGAAUUUGAAGUCACUCAACUAAACCAUAAUUAACUCUUCUAGUGGGAGGGGAAAACUAGUCACUCAACCGAACACACCCAAGAAGAAAACAGUUGCAUUGUAUGCCAAAAAGGUCUCAAAAGAGUUUUACUUCACCCAAAAAUCUGCAUAUUCUUCUCCGUGUCUUUUUACAUGUUACCCACCUUAAGCCUAAGAUAAGGCAUAUGGAUUCUGCAUUUUGUCCUCCUUCCCACAACACAGGAUCCGAACUCUAAAUUUCUGUUGAUAUAUUGAACCAGACCCAAGAAUGUAAAGAUGAGCACAAAAGAAAAGGACUUUGGAAUAGAUUUUCUCUCAGGUAUGUCUGUCCACUGUUUGCUUGGUUUGCAAUCAAAGUCACGAAACUCUCUCACUCCUCUAAAGUGAGAGAGAGAGAGAAAACGGGACAUCCAAUGUUUUGCAUUCAACAUUUUGCAUUGUGUUAAGUUUUGAAUGCAACCUCCCAUCUCACCCAACUCCGAAAGAACCAUCCCAACCGUAACCAAGAAAAACCAGCGAACCCAAAAAUAACACCUUACCCUGUAACACAAACAUUCCCAGAAAAAGCGACCAAAUGUGCAUACCUUCUGUCUGAGAUUCUUGUGGGGAGCUCUCAUUCUCCAGUCGAGAAGCGAAAACAUGGCGAAGAGAUCGGAUUUUGCUCAGAAGCUGUUGGAUGAUCUCCGAGUCCGGAAGGAGCGGAUGGCUGCCUCUCAUCAUCAUCAGAACUCCAGAGGUUCAAGACCAGUUGCUUCAAAUUCAUAUGCAUACACCAAACCAACAUCUAGAAGUUCCAGGGACAUGAGAACUCAACAGACAGCAGGCAUCAGGACUGCAGCUGGGCACAAUAGACAUAGUUCAAGCAACAGAUCAAUUUCAAUGGAGAACAAUUCAAAGCAGCUUGUUCCAGUUAGGAGAGGUCAACAACAAAACCAUCAUCAACAAGUUGGAGAUCUCACCAUGGCGCUAACUUUUGCUAUUGAGAACGGAGCAAAACUCGGGAGAAUGGAUGCACCUGGGAGCAGGUCAAUGCUGAAUUUCCUGCAUCAAAUUAGCAGAAGAUCAGUGGACUGGGGAAACAUGCAGAAAGCAAGUAACAUAGACAUCCACUUCUCUUCUUCCAGCCAUCUUCCAGCGCUAUCUAAUCACCAUAUCCGAGAGAUUUCCAAAGGGGCACAACGAUUGAAUCAGAUCUUGAGAGCUUGCUCUAAUGGCCACAACAUCGAUACUUAUUCAGUUGAGAUAGGGAAAGAGCUGCUGAAAGGAGCCAUGGAUUUGCAAGAAUCACUAAGGAUGCUUGUAAACCUACAAGAAGGCUCGGAUUACACAGUCACUCCGCAGAGAAAAGGCCGGAUCAAGUUACUUGAUGAGGAGGGUGAAGAAGAAGAUGAUGAUGAAGACGAGAAAGCCAUCAAAGGUGCAAUUCAGAUGAAGCAGAUUGCUCUUCCAAGAUUUUCAUUUGACAGAAGACCUUCAAAGACUCCUUCUACCUACACCAAGGAAAUUACGAGAAGUGAUCUCAAACAGAGGGUGCUAAUGGCGCUGCCUUACGCUUCUGAGGACCCUGAAAAGGUUUCUGAUGUUGGCCACUCCACUAUUCCUUCUCACAAGCGAUCAUCCAGCCGUGUGUCCAGUGUGAGGAAUCCGACAGUUACUGAAACGAGGAAUCAAUCAAGUGCAUCAAAACCCAAGCCAGAAAAGAAAAGGAUCUCUAACGUAGUUGCUAAAUUGAUGGGGAUGGAAGAACUUCCAGAAAAUGAAGAUGUAGUGGAUGGUACUAUGGAGAAAGAGGCGAGUUCCAUGAAGAAAAGUGUGGCGUCAGUUGUGACUUCUCCGGAGAAGGGUAAUGAGAAUAGGCGGAAGAAAAAAGAUGUGGAGAAUUUGGUACCUCCUCCACCUCCAGGAAGGAAGCAAAAGCAGGUGAUGCAAGAAGAAACAUCUGCACUGCAAUCGGAACAAAAUGAUAGAAGAAAAAUCCACAAUGAUGCCGAAGGGAUAAAGCCAAUGAGAGGGUCGAACAUGGCUAACAUGAAAAUAGACAAGCAGCAAAGCAACUAUAUAUCAAGCCAACUCAACAGAAGUGUAAAGGAGAUUGGAGAGAAAUAUAACAAUGCAGAGGUCAAGCGGGGACAGAAAGUCGAUGAUUUUGAGGACAUGAUCCCACGACAUGACCAAUACCAGUUGGUAAUGGUGCCACAGUCAGUGAGAGGCUCUGAAUCUGCUAUUACUUGGCCGGCUCAAACAGAGUUCAAGGUGGAGAAGAGAGGUGCAAACAAGCAGAUCUCAAGCAAUCGAGUGAAAGAGAGCCAAAACCAGCACCAGCCUAGUUUGGCCAAGAAUUUGGAUUCAAAAGACAUGAAGCAACAGAAGACUCAAAUGAAGAGGCAAGAAACAUCGCAGCGAAUCCAAGCAGCUCCUCGUGGUAAAAGCCACAUACAAUCGGAAGAUACAACAACCAAAAGGGUUGGACAUAAUACAUCCAAUGGAGAUCUUGAACCAGCCAGAAGUUCAGCUACUGCAAUUGUCCACAAGCAGGAUUCGAGAAGCAGAAACUUGAAUGAAAAUUUUCCAUCCAAAGAUCAGAAAUCAGAUAACACUACGAAUACAAAGAAAAGAACUCCCUUUUCAGGAUCUGGCAAGGAAGAGAAAAUUGCUCGCCUACCAGCCACAGAGGUGAAAACUCCACCCACAAGAGCACAGAAAGUCGAAACUGCCCGAAGGAUUGAUGAACUAGCAGACAAGAGGAGAGGAGCUUCACAAAAGUUACCCAAGCCGCCCCUGAUGAAACGCCAGGCUUCCUCCACAUUCCCACAAAAGAAGCAAAGGGGAGUCGAUAAAAAGCUGAGUGCAGCAAAGGAAACAAAUAAGGAGAGAUCAAGGAAGCUCAAAGAUCCAAAAGUUCAACUAGUCAAAUCCGAAAAGCCUGCAGCUAGCAUUCAGCAAGCAUACACAUCAAAAGAGCCACAAACUGAAACUGGGGAAGCUUUGUAUUUCCAAUUACAUGAUGAUCUAAGUGACGAUGGUGCAAGCCUCAGGGGUCCAGAACUCCCAAUUUAUUCUGAGAACAUAGUCUCAACGGAGAUAGGUAAGCAAGAGGAUCAAGACACCAACAACGCCGGAAGUGAUGAACAUGAGUCUCAACCAAAUGUCUCAGAUUCAGUAAAAGAAGACCAACCACUGAACCAAGAGGACCAAAAUGUAAGCCAACAGAAGCCAUUAGCAAAGCCACUGACAGAAGCUGAGAAUCUCCUGAAGCAAAUUCUGGUAAAGAACCAACGAUUCCUCGAUACAGCCGAGGCACUCUUCCUGCUCAACAUUCCGAUAGAAAUCCUCAACGUCGUCUGCGACGCCCCCGAUUUCCACAAUCAAGAGAGCAGGCUGACGGCAGAUUGCGGGUACGAAGUAAUGAAACGGAAGGGGAAAAGACAAGAGUUGCUCAGAACUCAUCGCUACACGAAGCUACGCCUCAAAUCUACGGAAAACCUAGAUGACCUAAUCAAGCAACUGUGCAAUGACCUCGAGAAGCUGAGAUUGUACGGAAGGAACGGAAACGCGGAGUCGGGAAUCGAAGAUUACCUGCCGAAGAUGCUCGAAGCCGAUGUUUGUAACAGCGAGCCGGACGUGAAUUCAAUGUGGGAGAUCGGCUGGGAGAAGGCCGAUUUGAAGUUUCCUGAGGAGGAGGAAGUGAUACGAGGGGUCGAGAAGCAGGUCCUGAAUGGGCUUCUCGAUGAGGUCGUCGGCGACUUUCUGGCAGUGUUCUGAUCGGGAGAAUCGUCGUUCCCGGUGAUUUUUUUGCGCGGGGGAUUUUUUUUUUCUUCUGUAAAAAUGGAACUCUACUUGCUUCCAGUUCCUUCCUCCCUCUUGUGUGUGGGUUUGAAUAAUGGUAUGUCUUAUUUCCCGCCAAAGCGGGAAUUUGAUAAAAGGUUUCGUAUCUGAAUUAAUUCCUCUAUACAGACUGUAGUCUACUAGCUUAAUCCCUACUUUUUGGCAGGUAAUUCUUUGUUUUAUUUCGUAUAUGAUGUGUUUUGGUCAGUAAGUUGACAAUUUCAAUUAAUAUUAUUAAUUUAUUUUAUUUAUUUGAUAAAUGGAGCAGUGUAGAUUUCAAGAACUAAAAUUAAUAAAAUGAUGCAAAUUGU